GCUGCAGCGGAGCGGCUGCGACAGCGACAGCAGCACAGCCCCGCAGCGACACCGCAGCGCUCAGCACAGCACAGCCCUGCAGCAACACCGCAGCGCUCACUGCACCGCUCACCGCAGCGCUCAGCACAGCACAGCCCUGCAGCAACACCGCAGCGCUCACUGCACAGCUCAGCACAGCUCAGCACAGCACAGCCCUGCAGCAACACCGCCGAAGCCACGUCUGAACCCGCUGCUGCCGCACUGAAAUGGAAACCAUGCACGAGCUGAUCCCCUUCGCCAAGGAAAUGCUCAGCCAGAAGCCCAACAGGAAGAUGGUCAAGCUGUACAUGCUGGGCAGCGUGCUGGCCUUCUUUGGGGUGGUCAUCGGGCUGGUGGAGACCGUGUGCAGCCCCUUCAGCUCCCAGGCCAGCCUGGAGGACGAGGAGGAGAAGAACAAGCCCGCGGCGGCCCGGGAGCAGCGGCCGCCGCAGCAAAGGGAGGAUUUGGGGCUGGCCAAGGGCAAGGCAGCGCCGGCGCUGCAGAGGGCUCAGGUGACCCGGCAGCACGCGUCCUAGGCACCGCGCAGGGACUCGGCCCGCCCGGCGGCUCCGGCGCCAGGGGAAGGCUCGGCUGAAGGAGACUGCGCGAGUGAGACCCGCCAGAAGCGAAGGGUUUUAUUUGCUGCUGUGCAGCAGUGGGGAAAAAUACCUUUUGUUGGUAUAAACCUGUGCACGAUGCACAGCGUGGUUUCUUAUUUUUCUUACGGACGCGUUUUACACCAUUUUGCAAGAUCAAUAAAUAUUUUAUAUGGAA